CACUGGUGAUAAUAGUAUCGUGGCAGUAUCGUGGAUCGUGAUAAAUUGAUAACAGACGUCAUUGUUGUCAAAGGUGCUAUAAACUGAUGAAAAUGGCAAAGAUAUCAGUGAAUUUAGAAACAGUACGAGAUAAAAUUAUUGCUGCUUCCCUUAGGAGACCGGCAGAGUACAAGUAUUUCGAGCCGCGUUUGGUAGCCGUAAGUAAAAUAAAGCCAGUUGAUUUAAUCGUGGACGCGUACAAAGCUGGUCAAAAACAUUUCGGUGAGAAUUAUGUUAAUGAAUUAGUAGAAAAGUCUACUCAUCCAAGUAUCUUGGAAACAUGUGCCGAUAUACGUUGGCAUUUUAUCGGUCACUUGCAACGUAACAAAGUAAACAAAGUAUUGAGCGUUCCAAAUUUAUUCAUGAUCGAAACGGUAGACAGUGAAAAACUAGCGUCGGCAUUAAAUAAUUCUUGGCCGAAAUUUCGAAAGCAAAGUGAUCUAAAUUUGAAAUUAAAUGUAAUGGUCCAAGUCAAUACUAGUAAGGAAGAAGAAAAGAGUGGUUGCGAAAUUCCCGAUGUUUGUACCCUCGUAAAACAUAUUCUUGACAAUUGUGAGAACUUGAAAUUUGUUGGACUUAUGACCAUAGGCAUGUACGGGUACGAUGUCAGUAAUGGACCGAACCCUGAUUUCUUGUCUUUGAAAGAAUGCAAAGAACUAGUCUCGAAGGAAUUAGCUAUAGAUUCGAAGGACAUAGAGUUAUCAAUGGGAAUGUCCAGUGAUUAUGAACACGCGAUAGAGUUGGGGAGCAAUAGCGUUAGAGUUGGUACUGCAAUAUUUGGAGAAAGACCAAACAAGGGUACUUAAUAAGUCAGUUCCUGGAAUGCAUAUAUCGUACAUAUAUAAAUAGAAUAGAUGUGUAUAUGUACACGUAAAAUGAUAUUUGUCUAUAAAAGUACUAAAUAACAUGUAUGGAUAUUUAUGUAUAAUAACGUUAUGUACAAAUGAAUUAUGUUUUUACGAUUACGACUAAGAUUUAAACGCUUUUGAGGAUGUAUGUUACAUUAAUUAAGAUGGAGAAGAUAAUAAAAGAGAACUUUGGAUA